AGUAAUUUAUAAUCAAAUACAUAACAAAAAAUUUAAUAUGUUUAAGAUAAUUAAUUUCGUUUUGUUCGCAGCUAUUUUAGCUGUUUGCAAUUGCGACGACGAGCUCAGCAGAAUGCAGCGAUUAGUGAAUAUUAACAGAUAUUUUUUGUAUACACGUGCCAAUGUCCACGUACCAAUAGAAUUGAAUAGGCUUUCACCAGAUAAUAAUAUUCAAUUUAAUAAUCGGACUACAGUAUUUUUGGUACAUGGUCAUGAGGGUACUGCCACUACAACUUUAAAUUCCCUUGUGAAAAAUGAAUUGUUAGAAUUACCUGAAGAAGUAAACGUAAUCGUAGUGGACUGGUCACAGUACGCAAGCCUGUCAUAUUCUAAUGCUGACCGUCAUCUUCUAACUGUUGCUUCACAUUUAGUAGAUUUCCUGAUUAUUCAAGGUUUUAAUAACAAACCUGAAACGAUUCAUUUGGUUGGUUUUAACCUUGGAGCACAUAUUGUUGGCUUAACAGGAAGAUUGGGACCCAAUAUUGCAAGAAUUACAGCCUUGGAUCCGUCAAAGAGCAGUUAUAGAUUACAGAAAACAGACGCCAUGUACGUUGAAGUAAUCCACACUGAUGGAAGUGGUAUUUUGUCCAACGGUCUUGGAAUACAACUAGGAGAUUUAGAUUUCUUCCCUAAUGGUGGUAACAGUCAGCCAGGGUGUAUUGCGUCAAACUCAUGUGAUCACAACCGUGCGUGGCAGUUCUUUGCUGCGUCACUUCGCCUUAACCAGUUUCCAUCUCACUGUUGUACAUCGAUGACCCAAAUGAAGUAUAACAAUUGUAGAGGAGGUGCUACUAUUCCAAUGGGAGGACAUGGCGUUCUUCCGAAAUCUGGUUGUGAUAGUGGUAUUCUCCGAGUCAACACUGGCCGCAGCUAUCCUUAUUAAAAUUAACAAAUAGCAGUACUUUUUAUUUGUAUUGUUUGCAAUAUACGAGUAUAUUGUAAAUCAUGAAGGUAUUAAA